CGUCGUAGUAAAAGGGGAACCACAUUUAUUUUUGAACAUAUCCAUAUAAAUAUAAUCGCCUCCUCGAAUGACCUCACACGACUAUCAACAAUCAUGAAGAAGACAACGUUCGCAAUCGUUUGCGUUCUGCUCAUCGUUUUACCCACACUCGUGCACUGUUCUUGUCCGACAAUUGUUUCUCGAUCGGAAUGGGGAGCAAGAAGAGCAAAAGGAACGACAAGUUUAAAAAUAAAUCCCGCUCCGUAUGCCAUAAUCCACCACGCCGAUACGCCGCCGUGUACCAGCGAAUCUCAGUGCAAGAGCAGAGUGAAAAACGUCCAGGACUACCACCAGAACACCAGAAAAUGGGACGACAUCGGUUACAACUUCUUGAUUGGGGGUGACGGAAAAGUGUACGAAGGCAGAGGAUGGGGUUUAAGUGGCGCCCACGCUCCCAACUACAACUCCAAGAGCAUCGGUAUCUGUUUCAUCGGCAAAUUCGACAGCGUCAGUCCAAGUGAAGCACAGCUGCAAGCUGCCAGAGAUCUGUUAAGUUGUGGCGUUGAUUCCGGAAAACUGUCGCCCAGUUACAAACUGUUGGGUCACAAACAAGUUCGACAAACUUCUUGUCCCGGAAAUUCUUUGUACGCCAUCAUUAAACAAUGGCCGAAUUGGGCCCCAAAUCCAUAAAAAAAUAUCUUCAAUCCACAUUUGUAUUUAUUAAUUUAAAUAAAUAACACUUUCCUUUA